UUAGCAAAUCGAGAGAGGAACAUGAAAAUUUAGUUAUAAUAUCAUCUGAGAAUAGAAAAUUGAUUAGUGUUGAUUAUAAGUUAAUUGUCUUCGAAAUUUACUCUUUAAUUGUUGUCAUCAAAUCGUUUGGAUUAAGUUCAGUUCAAAGACAAUGACCAAUUCAAUUUUUCUCAUUGGUUUGUCAAUAAUUUUACUUCCAUCGAUACGAACCGAUCUGAUUAGUGUUGGUAAUCAGACUAAUUACAAUUCAUCUGAACAAUUAAAUGGAUCAAAUUUGUUACCAAUAUUUAUUAACGAACAGAUUAACAAUACAUCAAAUGGAACAAUUAAAUUUUCUUUACCAUCUAUUGAGCCGAUAAUCCUUGAUUCUCAUUCUGUCCAUUCAAUAAUCGAUGGUCAGUUCAAGCCGAUGGUUAAUCUUUCCAGUUCGAGUAAUUUUACCAACGGAUUUUUGACCUUAUCUCGACUUCUUGCCAAUCACGAUCAAAACGUUUCCUCAUCAGUGAUUGACCAUCGACUAUGGUCAAGUAAAAGGGUUAAACCUUUAAGAGAACCAGUAACAGAAUCAACUAGUGACCCUUCAGGCGAUUCUGGUGAUGGACGAACAAAUAAUAACAAUAAUAAUUCAUUUGAAGAACUUAAAUUUGAUCAGAAUUAUUUUGCUCUAUUAAAUGCUGUUAAUCAUCGUCCAGUUUCAUCGGCAGUUUCAGAUUCCAUGAAAAAAGAUAAUAACAAUUCUGUGCCCUCAGGGGAUUCUCACAACUCAACUCGUUCUCUUUUCUAUUAUUCCCCUGAAACUUAUGGUAAAGUUUCACAUAAGAAUCAUCAGAAUACAGCAUUUUCCUUUAAUUGGCCUCCGGCGAUUCUGCAAUCAGCUGGAUUAUCAACUCUAUCAACACCAACACCAUUAACUCAGAUUAAAAGUGUCCCUUCAUCAUCAUCAUCUCAAUCAAAUCCAUCAUCAUCCUCAUCUUCAUCAUUAAUUUUACCAGAUCAUCCUGGUAAACCAUCAAAACAUGAUAUCGGAACUUUUAAUUUCUUAAACAAUUCACCAAUAAUUAAAAGCUAUUCCAAUGAGAAACAACAAUCAACCUCAAAUGGAACAAUUAAAAAUGAUUAUCAAGAAAAUAGUUACCUGGCCGUUGACCCAAAUAAACUAAUUGUUGAUAGAGGGCAACAAUUAAACGAAAACCAGAAUAAGAAAGUUAAUUACAGCAAAGAUACAAAUAGUAAUAAUAAUAAUAAUGAUGAUGAUGAUGAUGGAAAUGAAGCCAAUGGAGGUGAAGGAGCAUCUGAGCCAAAUGAAUCAAAUUCAGAUGGAAACAGUGAUUCUAAUCAACCAGGUAAUCUAAUUAAAAAUGUUGAUAUUAAUUCAAUACAGAAUAACAAUGGAGGUGGAAAUAUAAAUAAAUACUAUGAUAAUGGAGCUUAUAUGGUUUCUAAAGGUCGAUCGAAAGUUUCUCAAGGAUCGAUUGGAGAUAAUAAUAAACCUUUACGAUUUCAAGAUCAUGUUAUCCAACAAUCACCUGGACCACAACAAUUAACACCAUCGAUUGAUUAUCUUGAGGAAGAUUAUGAAUCAACCGAUGCUUUCCCUGAUUUCAAGAAUCUACAACCAAUCGUGAAAACAUCAACAGCAUCCGGACCAAUGCCCACGGCCACGGCCAAGUAUAAUGGACCUGCUCCUUAUCGGCAUCCUUAUUAUUCAUCAUAUUAUCCGACACGAUUUUAUGGUCCACCCCCUUCUCCAUAUGAUGAUGAUAAUUCACCAUCGAAAUCGGGUAAUAAUAAUAAUGUUAAUUCUUGGUCUGGAUUGGCUGGUUUUCUGCUUGGUAUUAUUCCCCUUGGUAUUUUAAUGGCCUCAAUGGUUCCCGCUUUUGUCUCCGUUCCGGUGGCAACGGCCGCUGCUGGUGUUGGACGUCGACGUCGACGUCGAUCUUUGUACAUUCCGGUUAAUUCGUUAAGAGAUGACCCGGUUCAUGAUAUUCUUGGACAAUAUGAGAUGAAAAUGCUUCGAGAUGUUGAUUGUAUCAAAGAGAUUCUUUGUAAAGUUGCUGUUCAAGGGAAAUCACAGAAAAUGGGUAAACACUUUUUCGAGGCAACAAUUAACAUGAGAUUCAACAAAAUUUAUAAUCAACUUGGAAUUGGCCAAGUGAUGGAAACUGCUAAAAGAAAUGAAUGUGAAAAAGUUUUCCAAUGUAAGAAAUUAAAUGUUAAUCAACCAUAACAAUUGGACAAUCAACUAAUCAUCAAUGGUCAAUAAUCAUUAAUGAUUUUCAUUUAAAUUAUGAUAUAAUCUAAUUGUUCACAAUCUAUUUAUCUGAAAAAUUGCCGAUCAAAAAUGUCUUAAUUACCUUUCAAAUCUUGUUUUCAACGAUUAAACAUCAAUUGUAAAUAAUUAAUUUUUUUUCUAAAUCAUGAUCUACAAUAAAAGGUAUUGAAGAUAAUUAAACAACCUAUUGUUUAAUUAUAUGUGUUUUACUCAAAUCAAAGGUGACAAAGUUGACC